AUGUCGACGACGAAACGAGACGCUCUUUCCACAGUGAACAACAACAACAACAACAACGGAAACGGGUUCAAAAGCGGCGGUAAUUGCGCACUCGCUUUUGAUGAUGAUGUUGACAAGGAGGAGGAAUCGUUAUUAGUAUUGGAGAAUAGGAAGAGAAAAAGCAACAUCACUUGGGAAGACGAGGACAAAAUCAUCAUCAAGAACCACCAACACCAACACCAGAGGAAGUUGAAGAAUAUGAGGUGCGACGUGGAGGUGCGAUUAAAACGGGAUUCAAUUGCGAAGAAAAGUGAGGUUAAAAAGCGCGUUUUGGAGUAUUUCGAACGUUCAGGCAUGCCGACGGUGCGUGCGGAUGAAGAGAUCAAUUUAGAUGAUUCCCGAGAGGAAGAAGACAUUGUAAUUGCAUUGCGUGCAGAAGAGUUGGGACCGUUGUGGUGUGGUGACUUCGACGAGUUGUUGGCGUUUUUGAGGAACAACUGCGAGAAGAUCGUGACGUAUUGGGACGCGAGUGGCGAAUGCGAAGGCAUGCAAUUGAUGUUUUGCGAGGUUGAUUUUCGCAUACACGUGCACGAAAUCAACGAAGACGGCGCCGGAGAGGAACGAGAAGACGACGAGGAAAUAGCCACGUAUAAGGAGUACGCGUUGCCGUGUCGCGAGUUUAGCGAGUAUUGGGACUCGUUGUACUUAGACGAAGGCAAGAAGUUGCGUUUGAAAAACUACGCGCGGACGGCGUUGGAGUUUGGCAACUUGAACGUGAACGCGUCGCUGGUGGCGUUUAAUCGAGUGGUGUUGUUACACGGACCUCCUGGGACUGGGAAGACGACCAUGUGCAAAGGGUUAGCGCAGAAGUUGGCGAUACAGAUGCUCGAUACGUAUUCGGAACCCGUCUUUGUGGAAAUCAACGCGCACUCGCUCUUUAGCAAAUGGUUUUCGGAGAGCGGUAAGUUGGUUUCUAAACUGUUCGAGAAGAUCCAAGAGUUGACAGACGACGAGGACACCUUUGUGUUUGUGUUGGUGGACGAAGUGGAGUCGUUGGCGGCGGCGAGGAAAGCGACUGGGGCGGAACCGUCGGAUGCCAUUCGGGUCGUGAACGCGUUGUUGACGCAAUUGGACGCUUUGAAGGAGAAGAAGAACGCGAUGGUGUUGACGACGAGUAACGUGACCGAUGCGAUUGAUGUGGCGUUUAUCGAUCGCGCGGAUGUGAAGAUGUACGUCGGCAAUCCUGCAGAUGCCGCUAGGGGUCAUAUCCUACUUUCGUCGAUUAAUGAGCUCAAGCGAGUAGGUAUAUUACCACCAACCAAACUGGAAAUGGCGAAAGACUCGAACCUUUUCAAGGACGUAGUGAUUGCAACGGAGGGAAUGAGCGGCAGAGCGCUCCGAAAGUUGCCUUUUUUGACCAUCGCCGGAAUGAAUCGAUCCAUGUGCGAUGGACCGAUAAAUGAUGAAGAAUUCCUCAGAGCGGUGCGAGAACAAGCGAUAAACGAAAAGCGCGAGCGCGAGAGAUUGGGAGCCAAUAAUUAA